AAAUACCCAGGUAGAUAAUUGAAUUUCGAUCUUUCUAUUAAGAACAUUGGAGUAGAAAGGCCUUUCAUAGCAAGCAAGCAAUACGAUUGAUAUCAUACUAUUCUGAAGGAAUUCUACAUUACUAUCUUGUUUACAAAGUACAUAAAAAAAGAAAUCAAAUCAAGGUUCUUUCACCCAACGACAUUCAAGAGCCUAAUCUUAUUACUAGGCGUAAAUCUUUAGUCCAGCCUUAUCGUACAGCUCCAGAGAUUAUCGAGCUAAUCAACCCACCUUGAGAGCAAACAAACCAAACGAGCCAAGAAGCUUCUAAUUCCACCAAGCACACCUACGUUCUUACUCAACCUGAACAUACGAUAAACAACUAAAAAUCAUCUCAUAACACAGAUUCCAUCAUCAAAAUGUCAUCUACACCUACGUUAAUCGGUAUGCCCGAACCUCCAUCAAAUGUUGAUACUCCAGUCGAUGCACCAGGAACUCCCAACUCAACUACCACAUCCCUCUCCGCUCUCUCCACAACCGCCAUCAAAGAUGGACAUCGCGGCUCUGCCCACCCUACCGCAAGUUCUCACCACCAACACACCCUCUCUAGCAACACCCUCGAAGCACAGCGCGCAGAUCGUAUUUCCCGUCUGGCAGGACUCGAACGAGUCACCACCGCGACUCCUCAAAACCCCAGCGGUAACACCUCUGUCCCCGCAACCGGUCAGAUCCCAGGCUAUUUCGAUCAAGCCGGAAAUCCCGUCUACACAACCCGCAUGUCUACUGUAGGUUCUGCAUCGGCAACUGGAUCUCUUACUGGCCGAACAACUACAUGGGCAUCUAAUAGCGCGAAAGGACAAACGGAAGCCGAUGAUGAUGAAAUGAGCAUGGAUAACAACUUCCGGGAAAUCGAUGAUCGGGAUCGAUUUUCCGCAUCUGCUAUGGAUGAAGAAGGCAACGAGGAUGGAAUGAGCGACGAUACGAGUUUAGUCGGAUUUGGCGAAGGAGCCGGCAGUACCGUCAGCGGACCAAUAUACAGCCGGAGUAAUCUCCUCGCGAGUCCCCUCACCGUAGGAAAAAGCGGUCUAGCCAAAGAAGUAUCAAGCAGCAAUCCCGGAACCCCCGUCAGCGCAUCGACAUCUACAACCACCGAGCAGCAAAAACGCGAUGCGAGAAUGCUAGAUGGAAUCACAGAUGAUAAUACAAGUGGAUAUGUAGACACGGCUGCGCGGGGUCAAGGGGUGGGAAUUGCCGGGAAUCGCAAUUCGACCGGUUCAGGAUUGGGUACGGGAGUCGGUGCGGAAGCUGCAGAGAAGAUUCUGAAAGAGAGAAUUGAGGAUAGUCCUUCUGCGGCGAGUAGACCACCGCUUGGUAGUCCCGAUCAAGCUGGUCUUGGCAAGUUCUACUUCGAGGAAAAGAAAUAAGAUUUCUUUGUACCAAAAUUUGCCAUGGAGAAUUGUGGGAUGUGUGUAGGACAGAGUGCAUCGAAUUUUCCAAAGUCUGCAUCGUUCAAUAUUGGCGGGCGUUGACGUGUUACCCUUUCUUUCUUUUUUCUUUUUCUCUUUCUAUGUAUGGGUACCUACGAUUUGGGCUGGGCUAGGCUAGGCUGGGUUGAUAGCGGACAGGUUGGGGACACUGGAGGUGGGAGGGGGGGGUUCUGGAAAGAUUAUUAGGUGGUUGGGCAGGCUUCUUCUUGUGAUAGGUAUGCUGCGUAAGAAGAUACGAUAUUCUAUGAUGGAUGAAAUUGAUUGAUUGAUUCAUGAAUGAAUGAAUGAUUAUGUGCAUGCAUGCAUACAUACAAGACUUC